CGCGCGUCCCGCCGCCCACCAUGAGCGACGAGAGCCGCGGGGACCUGGAGAAGCAGCUCCGCCUGCGAGUGUGCGUGCUCAGCGAGCUGCAGAAGACUGAGCGGGACUAUGUGGGCACGCUGGAGUUCCUGGUGUCGGCAUUCUUACACCGAAUGAACCAGUGUGCAGCAUCAAAAGUUGACAAAAAUGUCACAGAGGAAACAGUGAAGAUUCUGUUCUCAAACAUUGAAGAUAUCCUUGCAGUACAUAAGGAAUUCUUAAAAGUGGUGGAAGAAUGCUUACAUCCUGAACCUAAUCCUCUGCAAGAAGUGGGAACCUGCUUCCUUCACUUUAAAGACAAGUUUCGUAUCUAUGAUGAAUAUUGUAGUAACCAUGAGAAGGCACAAAAAUUGCUUCUUGAACUGAACAAAAUUAGAACCAUCCGGACAUUUCUUUUGAACUGCAUGCUACUUGCAGGACGGAAGAACACAGAUGUCCCCCUGGAAGGAUAUUUAGUAACACCAAUACAAAGAAUAUGCAAGUACCCCCUCCUUUUGAAGGAGUUGCUGAAGCGGACUCCAAGGAAACACAGUGACUACGCAGCCGUGAUGGAAGCCCUCCAAGCCAUGAAAGCUGUCUGUUCCAACAUCAACGAGGCCAAGAGACAGAUGGAGAAGUUAGAAGUGCUGGAGGAAUGGCAGUCUCACAUCGAAGGCUGGGAGGGGUCUAACAUCACCGACACCUGUACUGAAAUGCUAAUGUGUGGAGUCUUACUGAAAAUCUCUUCCGGAAAUAUUCAAGAACGGGUGUUUUUUCUUUUUGAUAAUCUUCUGGUGUAUUGCAAAAGAAAACACAGACGGUUGAAGAAUAGCAAGGCGUCUACAGAUGGACAUCGGUAUCUUUUUCGUGGCCGGAUCAACACAGAGGUGAUGGAAGUGGAGAACGUGGAUGAUGGCACAGCUGACUUCCAUAGCAGUGGACACAUUGUGGUUAAUGGAUGGAAGAUACAUAACACAGCAAAGAACAAAUGGUUUGUGUGCAUGGCAAAAACGCCUGAAGAGAAACAUGAAUGGUUAGAAGCUAUUUUGAAAGAAAGAGAAAGACGAAAAAGUUUAAAAUUAGGAAUGGAGCAAGACACCUGGGUAAUGAUCUCCGAACAGGGUGAGAAACUCUAUAAAAUGAUGUGCAGACAAGGAAAUCUGAUCAAAGACAGAAAAAGAAAACUGACUACGUUUCCUAAAUGCUUUCUUGGAAGCGAAUUUGUGUCAUGGCUGUUGGAAAUUGGAGAGAUUCACAGGCCUGAAGAAGGUGUUCACUUGGGACAAGCUUUAUUAGAAAAUGGAAUUAUACACCAUGUUACUGAUAAACAUCAAUUCAAACCAGAACAGAUGUUAUAUAGAUUUCGUUAUGAUGACGGAACAUUUUAUCCAAGAAAUGAGAUGCAGGAUGUGAUUUCAAAGGGCGUAAGAUUAUAUUGCCGUCUUCAUAGUUUAUUUACUCCAGUGAUAAGAGAUAAAGAUUACCAUUUAAGGACAUACAAAUCUGUAGUCAUGGCCAACAAACUGAUAGACUGGUUAAUUGCACAGGGGGAUUGCCGCACCAGGGAAGAAGCAAUGAUAUUUGGCGUUGGACUCUGUGACAAUGGAUUUAUGCACCAUGUCCUUGAAAAAAGUGAAUUCAAAGAUGAACCUCUACUUUUCCGUUUUUUUGCGGACGAAGAAAUGGAAGGAUCCAAUAUGAAACACCGACUUAUGAAACAUGAUUUAAAAGUUGUGGAAAAUGUUAUAGCGAAAUCAUUAUUGAUUAAAUCCAAUGAAGGCAGCUAUGGUUUUGGGUUAGAAGACAAAAAUAAAGUUCCAAUAAUUAAGUUGGUAGAAAAGGGGUCUAAUGCCGAGAUGGCUGGCAUGGAAGUUGGGAAGAAGAUUUUUGCUAUAAAUGGUGACCUAGUUUUUAUGAGACCUUUCAAUGAAGUGGAUUGCUUUCUGAAAUCCUGCUUAAACAGCAGAAAACCUCUAAGAGUUCUUGUGAGCACAAAGCCAAGGGAGACAGUGAAAAUCCCAGAUUCAGCUGAGGGACUUGGAUUCCAGAUCCGAGGAUAUGGCCCAUCGGUCGUGCAUGCGGUAGGAAGAGGAACUGUGGCCGCAGCAGCCGGUCUUCACCCUGGACAGUGUAUUAUCAAAGUCAAUGGGAUCAAUGUCAGCAAAGAGACACACGCCAGCGUUAUUGCACAUGUCACAGCCUGCAGGAAGUACAGGAGACCCAUGAAGCAAGAUUCCAUACAGUGGGUUUAUAACAGCCUUGAGAGUGCUCAAGAAGACCUUCAAAAGUCUAACACCAAACCCCCUGGAGAUGAAGCAGGGGAUGCUUUUGACUGCAAAGUAGAAGAGGUAAUUGACAAGUUCAACACCAUGGCCAUCAUCGACGGGAAGAAGGAGCACGUGAGUCUGACGGUGGAUAACGUGCACCUGGAGUAUGGGGUCGUGUACGAGUACGACAGCACCGCUGGGAUCAAGUGCAACGUGGUGGAGAAGAUGAUCGAGCCCAAAGGCUUCUUCAGCCUCACUGCCAAGAUUCUUGAAGCCCUGGCUAAAAGUGAUGAUCAUUUUGUACAAAACUGCACCAGCCUUAACUCUUUAAACGAAGUGAUUCCUGCUGAACUUCAGAGUAAAUUUAGUGCCAUUUGCAGUGAAAAAGUUGAACACAUAUGUCAGAGAAUAUCCAGUUACAAAAAGUUUUCUCGUGUACUAAAGAACAGAGCCUGGCCCACCUUUAAACAAGCCAAACCUAAAAUAUCCCCACUGCACAGCAGUGAUUUCUGCCCUACCAACUGCCAUGUCAAUGUGAUGGAAGUUUCUUACCCCAAAACAUCGACCUCCCUGGGGAGCGCAUUUGGUGUUCAGUUGGAUAGUAGUAGGAAGCAUAAUGCUCAAGACAAAGAAAACAGAUCUGAGCAAGGGAAACUGAACCCUAUGGUGUACAUUCAGCACACAAUCACAACCAUGGCGGCCCCUUCAGGCUUGUCUCUGGCACAGCAGGACGGGCACGGGCUUCGGUAUUUGUUAAAAGAAGAAGACUUAGAAACUCAAGACAUCUAUCUGAAACUGCUGGGCAAACUGCAGACCACCCUGAAAGAGGUGGAGAUGUGUGUUUGUCAAAUAGAUGAUCUUCUGUCUUCGAUAACAUCUUCUCCUAAAUUAGAACGGAAGACGCCCGAGUGCAUAGUCCCAGCGGACAGUGACAAUGAGAAGGGGGAAAGAAACAGCAAACGAGUCUGUUUCAAUGUGGCCGGAGACGAGCAGGAAGACUCAGGCCACGACACCAUUAGCAACAGAGACUCUUACAGCGACUGCAACAGCAACAGGAACUCCGCCGCCUCCUUCACCAGUGCCGGCAGCAGCCAGUGCAGCUCCUACUUCCACAGCGACGACAUGGACUCAGGUGAUGAACUUCCACUAAGCGUCCGCAUUUCUCAUGAAAAACAGGAUAAGAUACAUAGUUGCCUUGAGCAUCUUUUCAGCCAGGUGGAUUCAAUUACCAACCUCCUAAAAGGGCAAGCUGUGGUCAGAGCCUUUGAGCAAACCAAGGACCUCACCCCAGGUCGAGGAUUACAGGAAUUUCAGCAGGAGAUGGAACCAAAGCUGAGCUGUCCAAAAAGGUUGAGGCUUCACAUCAAGCAAGAUCCUUGGAAUCUUCCCAGCAGUGUCCGGAGUCUUGCCCAGAACAUCAGAAAGUUUGUUGAAGAGGUCAAGAGUAGGAUACUUCUGGCGCUUCUUGAAUAUUCAGACAGUGAGCCACAGCUCCGAAGAGACAUGGUUUUCUGCCAGAGUCUCGUGGCCACAGUCUGUGCCUUCUCCGAGCAGCUCAUGGCAGCCUUAAACCAGAUGUUUGACAACAGCAAGGACAAUGAGAUGGAAACGUGGGAAGCCAGCAGAAGGUGGCUGGACCAGAUUGCAAAUGCAGGUGUUCUUUUUCACUUUCAGUCCCUUCUGUCACCAAACUUGACAGAUGAACAGGCCAUGCUAGAAGAUACACUAGUUGCACUAUUUGAUUUGGAAAAGGUUUCUUUUUACUUUAAACCAUCAGAAGAGGAACCACUGGUUGCAAAUGUUCCUCUUACAUAUCAAGUGGAAGGAAGCCGGCAAGCUCUGAAAGUUUACUUCUAUAUUGAUAGUUACCACUUUGAACAGCUGCCUCAACGGUUGAAAAAUGGAGGAGGAUUCAAAAUUCAUCCUGUUCUUUUUGCACAAGCACUGGAGAGCAUGGAAGGAUAUUAUUAUAGAGACAAUGUUUCAGUGGAAGAAUUUCAAGCCCAAAUAAAUGCAGCCUCUUUGGAAAAGGUCAAACAAUACAACCAGAAGCUCAGGGCAUUCUACUUGGACAAGUCAAAUUCACCACCCAACUCCACCUCCAAGGCUGCCUAUGUCGAUAAGCUCAUGAGGCCUCUCAAUGCCUUGGAUGAACUUUACCGACUGGUAGCCUCGUUCAUCAGGUCCAAGCGCACGGCCGCCUGCGCGAACACAGCGUGCAGCGCCUCGGGCGUGGGGCUGCUGUCGGUGUCCUCGGAGCUGUGCAGCCGGCUGGGGGCCUGCCAUGUCAUCAUGUGCAACAGCGGCGUGCAUCGGUGCACCCUGAGCGUGACAGUGGAACAGGCCAUCAUUCUGGCCAGAAGCCACGGACUGCCUCCUCGCUACAUUAUGCAGGCUACAGAUGUGAUGCGGAAGCAGGGAGCAAGAGUUCAGAACACAGCAAAGAAUUUGGGAGUCAGAGACCGAACCCCACAGUCUGCUCCCAGGCUGUACAAGCUGUGUGAGCCACCUCCCCCCGCUGGAGAAGAAUGAAGAACCAGGCGAGCAGAGCUUCUGAACAUUGGACCAGACCACGGACAGCCUGGCCACCCAUUCUCCAGCUGAUGAAAGAAUGAUUUUUUUUUUCUCUCUAAAAUUUUCACCAUGGUAUAAAUAACCAAUGUUCAGCUCCUACUUAGAUAUUUGU